AUGAUCCCACUCGACCAAAAUACCCUUUUCAAUGAUUUCAAUGGUGGUGAAACGAGCGAGACGUUACACAUGAAACAAGAAGCAAUGAUACAGAUCGGAAAUGAUGAGCAUGUAACUUUGAUUGUAACUGAUUUUUUUUCAAAUUUAUCGUUUCGUCAUCAUGAUGAUGAAAAUAAUAAUUUUGAACCACAUGUUCGGAGAUUGGAAUUAUUACUGAAACAUAAAUUCUCAUUGCAACAAUUAGGAAAGAAGAAAUGGCUUGAAAAUAGGGAACUGAAAUACCGGAAUUUCUUUCCUGUUGAAUUUAUACAAGACAAAGAGUUUGUGUUGAAUCACAUUAAAAAGUAUGGAUAUGGAUUACAAUAUGCAACAACAAGUCUCCACGAAGACAGAAAUUUUAUGUUUCAAGCUGUGCAACAGCAUGGAGCUUUAUUAGUAUUUGCAAGUGAAGAUAUUUGCAAUGACCAAGAAGUGGUAUUGACAGCCAUAAAACAGGACGAACAGGCAUUGGUUUAUGCUGCAACUAAACUUCAAAAUGACAAGGAAUUUUUGAUGAAAGCAGUUCAACAGAAUGGAAAAGCAAUUACGAAUAUUAUUGACAGAACAUUCUUGGAAGACAGAGACAUUGUAUUAGCUGCUGUAAGACAAAAUAGUGAAGUUUUGUGUUAUUUUCGCACGGAAAAUUUGGAAAGUGACAAGGAAAUGGUUGUUGAAGCCGUCAAACACAAUAAGCACGCGCUUCAAUGGGUUCAACAUGACUUACUCGAAGAAGUUAUGAAUGAUCAUGAGUUGAUGCUGAAUACCAUCAAAUUAAUUGUUCCAGAAUUCCAGAAUUUAAACUCUUUGGAUUAUUCAAAAAAAGAAAUCUUACUCAAACUAGUUCAAGAAUGUGGAUUGUUACUUCAAUUAGCAACUGAUGAACUCAAGAAUGAUCGUGACAUUGUUUUGAUUGCAGUCAGAAAUGAUGGUUGCUCAAUUAAGUUUGCCUCUAAUCAUUUGAAGAAUGACAGAGAAGUUGCACUUGUGGCCGUUCAACAAAAUGGUAAUGCAUUAGAAUUUGUCUCGACAGAAUUAAAGAAUCAUAGGGAGGUUGUGUUGGCUGCUGUCACUCAAAACGAACUGUCACUACAAUAUGCAUCCGAUGAGUUGAAAAGCGAUAAGGAGGUCGUUUUAACAGCAAUCAAGCAAGAUGGAUCGGCUCUUGAAUAUGCAUCCAGUUCGUUAAAAAAAGAUCCACACGUUGUGUUGGAAGCAGUUAGAAACGAUGGCUCAGCUCUUGAAUAUGCUGAUGAUACAUUGAGAAAUGAUCAAGAAAUUGUUCUGGAAGCCAUCACCCAAGAUAUGAAUGCUUUUCAAUAUGCAUCGAGUGAUCUUUUGAGUGACAAACAAUUCUUAUUGGAGGCGAUCAAGAGAGGUUGUAACACAACACUUGUACAAGUACCAGAAGACAUUGUCAAUGACAAGGAAUUUAUGUUAAAAGCUGUCAAUAUUCACAGUCUUUGUGCUAUUGGAAUGGAUUAUACUGUUACUUAUGACAGAGACAUUAUGUCAGAGGCAGUGAAGAAUAACGGAUUUGCAUUGUUUUACGCAAGUGAAGAAAUACGACACGACACAGAAAUGGUGAUGGAGGCACUUAAAUGCAAUGGAUAUGUUUUGGAGUAUAGCGAUGAAUUAUAUCAAGAACGAAUGAAGCACUGUUAUUAUAAUUCUUAUUUGGGAAAAUGA